AUGACGGCUAACCCUGUUGGUACAUCAACCACAAAUAAGUUACUUAAAGAUGAUUGUUGCUGGAAAAAUACUUGGGGAAUAAACUGUAUACAUUCCUGUCCGGUUAAAUGUAUCAACCAAGAGUGUUAUCCUGGAAAUGGCUCGUGUGUUUGGGGUUGUGAUCCCCAAUUCUGUCAUGAGGGUAAAUGUCAACCGUAUACAGGUGUAUGUACUAAGGGAUGUGUUACUGGACGAGGAGGACAAAACUUUUGUAAGGCUGGUUCAUUUGGAGGUCAGUGUCUUCGAGACUGUUCAAAAAACUGUUUAUCUACACCCUGUGAUCAUGAAACAGGAGCAUGUAAAGGAGGAUGUAUUAGAGGAUGGGAGGGAUUCAAUUGCACAAAAGAAUGCAGCAAUGGAAAAUUUGGAUUUGAUUGUUCUGAGUCCUGUGGUGGUUGUAUUGGAAAUACAUGUUUUCCUGAUUAUGGUGUUUGCAGUGAUACUACUGGAUGUAACCCAGGCUAUGAGUAUGGACUUUACUGUAAUAAAACCUGUGACGAUUUUAGUUUCGGAACCAAUUGUACAAAUACGUGUUACUGCCGUAACUGUCCGUGUGAUAAAUCAACUGGGAAAUGUUCGACUGACGGUUGCAAAAAAGGAUGGAAAGGUGAUUUCUGUAAUGAACGAGACCUGAAGAAUGUUAUUGAUGAGAAAAAGAGGACUGAAGGUUUCAAAAAGGAAUAUGAGAAUUUACCAAAGGGACCUGUAUAUGCACAUACAGAAGGCUCGAAAGAAGAAAAUAAAUUGAAAAAUCGUUUUCUCACUACAUGGCCAUAUGACCAUUCACGUGUUGUUCUAGUGGGGGAUACUAAGCAUGAAUAUAUAAACGCUAGUUAUAUUACUAGCUACUACAAAGAAAAGGCAUAUAUCGCAUCACAAGGUCCAAAAAAGAAUACUGUGAAGGACUUCUGGCACAUGAUUUGGCAAGAACAAGUUGGUAAAAUAGUGAUGGUAACACAACUCGAAGAAAACAGAAGGAAUCAGAGAGAACGAAAUAUUCAUCAUUUUCAUUUUAUACAAUGGCCGGACCACGGUGUUCCAGAUAGCAUUAAACUGGUAAACUUUUACAGAAAAGUCGCUAGUGAACAACAUAAUCAGAGUGGACCAAUGAUUGUGCACUGCAGUGCCGGUGUUGGCAGAACAGGAACAUUCAUUGCUGUAGAUGCGUUAUAUGAACAUGGACAGAAAGUUGGCUCUGUUGAUGUUAUGGAGUAUGUUCAAAUGAUGAGAAAGGAUAGAAUGAAUAUGAUACAGACAUAUGAACAGUAUGAGGUCGUAUUUGAAGCAUUAUUGGAAUUGUUCACUGUUCCAGAAACGUCCAUUCCAAGGGACACUUUUUGUGGAUAUAUCGAACAGCAAGAAAACAAAAGGUUACCACAAAAUCAAACGAUGUACAGACAAGAGUUUCAGAAACUGCAAACUCUAAAACCAUCGUAUAGGCCUGCCGAAUAUAGUGCUGCACGUUCAAGAGAAAACACACCAAAGAAUUCUUCAAAAAAUGUUUACCCACAUGACAAUUAUAGACCUUACCUAAUGUCAUUUGGUAAAACACGAAAUGAUUAUAUAAAUGGAGUGAUAGUUCCCGGAUAUUCAGCAGAAAGCAAGUUCCUUGUAACACAGUGUCCAUUGGUAGAAACAGUAGUUGAUUUUUGGACUAUGGUGUAUGACCACAGCUCCACAAUUGUUGUUUUGUUAGAUUCUGUGAAUAAGAAUGCUCCACUAUGGGUUGACGAGAAAGAUAAACUAGAAUUUGAUCAGUUUAGUGUUGUCAAAGAUAAAGCUAGCUUGCAAUGUGAACUGAAGCUUUCGUUGAACCAUAAGACGAAUAUGGAGAGAAAAUCAAUUACUGUUUUCACUGCAAGCGAAUGGACUGCGAAUACAGAUGUUCCAUCUUCUCAUGAAUACAUGUUGGAUCUGGUUCAACGUGUAAUUAAUUGCUGGGAAAUAAAUAAAGGCCCACUCACUGUAGUUUGUAGUGAUGGCUGUAGCAAGAGUGGACUAUUUGUUGCGCUUAGACUUGCUUUUGAGAAAAUGCAGAUGGACGAUGAAGUCGAUGUGUUCCAAGUAGUAAGAGCAAUACAAAUAAGACGACCGGAAUUUCUUUCAGAAUUCGAUCAGUAUGAAUAUUGUUACAAGUGUAUCAAAACACUAUUGGAGGGAGAAUCCCGAGAUUCACUGUAUGCAAAUUAUUAGUGACGCUAAACCAGUU